AUGGCACCGAAACCAGAGAGCGCUGCUCCAUGGUCAUUCCCGAACCUCAAGAAGAAGCGUCGUCGUCGGGCAAGUCAGAUCUUCAACAUGAACUUCAGCUUUGGCUUUGGGUCACGGCGUAAGAGUCAAGAUCGCUCCCCUGACGUCAGCCCACGCACAUCCAUAUCAUCGGCUUCGGGCUCCCCAAGGUCGGGAAUAGAGGAAAGCUGCAAGAGACAGAGAGUCGAUUCAAGAGCAACAGAUGCUGAAGCACUGUUCGCCUCCGAGAAGAACAGUACCGAGAAGACGUUGACAGUAUUGGCGCCAUCCACACGGUGUGACAGCACGGGUGAAGUGCAUCCAGGUCAACUCGUCGACUUCAGCUCCACACCUGUUCCCACCGCACCGGAACCCAUACUUGCUCCUGCGCCUGUUCCUGCUCCCACACAUAGCAACCCAGCAAGUGAGUUCGAGCUUCGCUUAAGCAGCGACACAUACCACGACUACCUCGCCACCACUCAACGACGAAGAUCCUUCCCUGCCGGCGAGUGGGCAGCACGACGGGUCCGCGAGGAAUUCCAGAUGCUACACAAGCUUGAGAAGCUUGAGAAGCUUGAGACCAAAGUCGAAGACCCCUUCAAGAAGUUUAGGGAGUCUGCGAAGAGACUAUGCACCGUGGACCGAAAGGCAAAGACUUCAGCGACCACAUCUUCCAACAUCAUCGCACCAGCACCCGUCGCGAAUGCAUCGAACAUGCCUUGCGAACUCCACCGUACACCAAGCGACCCAAGCACCGAGGCCUUCCUCAAACAUGUUCGCGCAAGUCUCGAUGCGAGAAAGAAGGAGAACAAGAUGAGCGAGCGCGGGCGUUCGUACUCGAUCUUUGAGGAUGAAGUCGAGAAGGGUUUUCUGGACGACGCGCCAUUAUAA